AUGCAAGGGGGCUACAACAUAGUUUGCAUCCCGCGGGAAGAGGUGACGUUCGAAUGCAGACUCCUGAAUAUCAUCACAAUUGACCGAACCAAGAAAAGCGAUAUGGGAGAGCGCUUUUUUUUUCAAUCUGGAGGGGUUCCUCGUGAACCUAUUACAUUGUACUCUGUAUGA